AUUACUUCAAAGGGGAUGCGUUAACCACUGACGCCAGCCAUCCCGCUCGGCCCCUUUUCAUUGGAAGUGUUGUGGUGGAGCAGACGAGAGGACAAGACACUUCGGAUGUAAGAGAAGAAGAUUAAUUGAUCUCACCCGUUCUUCGAACAGUUCUUCGCUUCCACGGCACCGACAACUCCCGUAAUGAUCACUCCACCGCGCCCCCUGGCGGCCGUCUGCCUGCUACUCCUGCUGGUGCCCGGCUGCCUCGGGACCCCGCAAUACAACAACGGCUUCUAUUACCAUGAUAUUAGUAACGGACACGGAAAUAAAGAGAUCUUCUACGACGGGGUGCAGCUGCACGUGGAGUCCCAGCAGCCCCUGGUGUCCGCCAUUAGGGGCAGCAGCGUCACCCUGCCCUGCCACUUCCGCUACGAGCCCGAGCUGAGCGCCCCGCGCCGGACACGCAUCAAGUGGUCCUGGCUCCCCGCCAGCGAUCGCCACGACGACUCGGACCCGGACACCGUCCCCAACCUCAUCCGGGAGACGGAGGUGAUGGUCGCCAUGGGCAACCGCCACCGCAGCUACGGCGGUUUCCGGGGGCGUGUGCGCCUGCGGCGCUCGGCGCCCGGCGACAUGUCGCUGGUCAUCAGGGAGCUGCAGCUCAACGACACCGGCCGCUACCGCUGUGAGGUCAUCGACGGCGUGGAGGACGAGAGCGUCACGGUGGACCUGGAGAUGAGAGGCGUGGUAUUUCCCUACUACUCCCAGCAUGGAAGAUACCACUACAACUUCCUGGGGGCCCAGGCAGCGUGUGAGGAGCAGGACGCUACUCUGGCGUCGUUCGAGCAGCUGUUCACGGCCUGGGAGGAGGGGCUUGACUGGUGUAAUGCCGGCUGGUUGGCUGAUGGCACCGUGCAGUAUCCAAUCACGACGCCCCGUGCGGGCUGUGGGGGCGUGGCCUUAUCACCUGGAUUGCGUAGCUAUGGACAACGGCAUCGGCUGCUUCACCGCUAUGAUGCCUUCUGCUUCUCUGCCUCGCUCAAGGGGACGGUUUACUUCCUGAUACACCCGUCAAACCUCACCUUCUCGGAGGCCCAGCAGGCGUGCAGGAGUGACGGCGGCCAAAUGGCCACAGUGGGACAGAUCUACGCCGGCUGGAGGCUGAUGGGAUUGGACCGCUGUGACGCCGGCUGGUUGGCUGACGGAAGUGUCCGUUACCCCAUCAUCAAAGCCCGGGCUCACUGCGGGACAGAGGAGCCGGGAGUGCGGAGCUUUGGAUUUCCUGCACAUAACAAGAAAUUUGGUGUCUAUUGCUACCGGUUGACCUAAUCGACGGCACUCGACGAUUACCCAAGAGACAAAUACUACAAACCUAACCAGCAAAACCACAGAGCACUGACUUUAGCGUUUGAAUUCCUGGAAGUUAGCAAUAGCUGAGGUUAACUAGGUUAUUGUUAGUUCUUCACUAUUAUCAAUAUUAUGUUCACUGUGCAAUCACAAUGUGUUUCAAGCUUACUUCAAAAGGUUUAGAUUCACAAUGUCACACAUGGAAACUGCUCUGUAGAACCAUCAUCCCCAUUGUUCAUCGUCCUGUUGGCCGCUUCCCUACCAUGCUAAAACAGCUGGUGCCUUCCUGCUACAGGAACUUUAUGGCGAAGAAGUUCAUUUAUUGAUCAUAGAAACUGUGUUUAUGUAAUGCUCUGUACUGAAGUACCACUAUGGAAAAGUAGGCAAUUCUGAAAGUGUAUCUUACUGUAUUAAGUGUAAUGUAUUAUUAUGUGUUGAGAGAUGUGUCAGCCAAGGGCUGUGCUACGAUGCAGCAGCCUUUGUUUGAUAUUAACAAGGUGAUAUAGUAGGGGAGACGCAGGUGUAGCUCACGAUGUUAAUUACAGGCCUACAGUCCCAUAAUUAUCUUAUUUCGCUGCGCCUGGUUUCACCACUACUUUUGCACCUCUGUGAUAAAGGCCUAUUAUAAUAGCCAUGAAACGUAUACUACCUUUGUUUAAAGCCCUAUUGUAGGAUAAUAGCAUUUUGUAGUUAUUAUACCUCAACAAAGGUUGUCUAUGGGGCUAUGUAUUUUGUAUUAUUUUCUACAAUGUAAUGCUUUUUUUAUAUGUUAUUGAAAAUCUUGUCCUUUGUUGUGAAA